CUCUAAUUCUCCACAAGUUGAAAGUCUCCACGCGAAAAAUUGAAAGUCUUUUUUUACUGAGACUCUUUUCCAUUGUUGCUACGGGUCGACGUUGUUAACAAGCUGAAUUUAGGAAUUUUUGGCCUCCUUUCCCAUUGUCAUGUACCCACGUAGAUCUACAACUCCCUGAAUUUUACGUCAUGCUUUGCAUGAUCAUCUCUCCUCUCUACGCAAGAAUCAGCAUUUUUGUCGACUUUAUCUACCAAAACUAUAAAAUAAUAUUCACGUCACGCAAUAUCAGACAUUCUUUCCUCAAAGCAUGAUAUUUAAAAGACCACACUCGUGCGAGGUUUGCACAUUCGAAAAGAGACGAGCUGUCCUACCUUUUAUCACCGGAGUGUUCAUAACUUUUACCUGCCAGCCAAAUUUAAUGGAAAGUCACGAGAGGGACGCUAAAGGUAACAGCAGAAAGGUAUUGCAAGAUAAUAAAAUUCGCGUCGAACGAGAGAGCGAAGAAUUUCAAGACAAAACUUCAACGUCCGAUUCUCCUUGUUUCUGCAACCGCAAAGUGGCGGGGGUACACUGUAACCUUUGCAAAAUGUUUACACCGAAUGUGCGAUUGAGGAAGAUAUGUCCGCGCCACCCAAACACUGUAUGGCUGAUGGACUUGCAAGUCUGUCCGAAAUGCUUCAAAGGAACAAAUCUUCAAGAAUUUUUGCAACUUCGAGUUGAAGUGAGACCAAAGCGAAGUUCAACUUCUAGUUCCUCUGAUUCCGAUCUGUGAUAUUGACCCUCUCAAUUUUCAAAUACUUUUAAUUUUAAUUAUCUUCAAUUUAGAUUGAUUUUGUAAAUUUAUGAGGUAUUUAUUUUAUCAACUUAAGGUAGUUUCUACUUAAUAUCCGUAUUGUAAUUUUUUUCUUUCGAAAUAAAGCUUCAGAAAAAUA